AUGUCAGGUUUAGAAUUAGCAGUUGCAGCUGUACUUGGUAGUCAAUUGUUGGAAGCCAAAUAUUUGAUUUCAGACGACCUUCUGUUGGCACUGAAAGUAGCUAGAAAGGCACUUCCAUUUUUAUGGCGAUCAUCAAGAGGUAGAGCUUCUUACUGGUAUCCAUUUGAAGAAGCUGCAUUGAAAUACAGUAAUAAUAGGGCGUUAGCGUUUCCAAGACCAAAAAAGAACCCACCAAAGCCCCAAGUUGACGAGAAUGGAUAUAACAUUUACGAUGACCAAUUCGACCUCGAAGAGUAUACUUAUAAAGAGUUGUACGAUAUGGUGUUGAGAUAUUCGUAUAUCUUGAAGAAUGAGUAUGGGGUCACAUCCAACGAUACCAUUGGUGUUGCCUGUAUGAAUAAACCACUUUUCAUUGUCAUGUGGUUGGCAUUGUGGAAUAUUGGUGCAUUACCAGCAUUUUUGAAUUUCAAUACCAAGGAUAAACCUUUGGUUCAUUGUCUUAAGAUUGCCAACGUUAGUCAAGUUUUCGUUGAUCCCGACUGUGACAAACCAAUUAGAGACACGGAAUCUCAAAUUUCAGAAGAAUUACCAAACACAAAAAUACAUUACAUUGAUGAACUUGCCUUGUUUGAUCGUUUGAGACUCAAAUCCACUCCGAAAUACAGGGCCAAAGAUAGCACCAGAAGACCUCAAGAUACCGAUUCUUCUGCAUGUGCUUUGAUUUAUACUUCCGGUACUACUGGUUUACCUAAAGCAGGGAUAAUGUCUUGGAGAAAGGCAUUUAUGGCUUCAGUCUUUUUUGGACACAUUAUGAAAAUUAAAGAAGACUCGAGUGUGUUAACGGCAAUGCCAUUGUACCAUUCCACUGCAGCAAUGUUGGGGGUAUGUCCAACUUUAAUUGUGGGGGGAUGUGUCACGGUUUCCCAAAAAUUCUCGGCAACAUCAUUCUGGACUCAAGCAAGAUUAUGUGGAGCCACCCAUAUUCAAUAUGUUGGGGAAGUUUGUCGUUACUUGUUAAAUUCAAAGCCCCAUCCUGACCAAGAUAGACAUAAUGUUCGAAUUGCUUAUGGUAAUGGGUUGCGUCGUGACAUUUGGUCUGAAUUCAAAUCUCGAUUCCACAUUGAUGGAAUUGGUGAAUUCUAUGCUGCCACUGAAUCACCAAUUGCUACUACCAACUUACAAUAUGGCGAGUAUGGUGUUGGUGCUUGUCGUAAAUAUGGGUCCAUCAUUAAUUUAUUUUUGUCUACACAACAGAAAUUAGCUAAAAUGGAUCCUGAAGAUGAAAGCGAAAUUUGGAGAGAUCCCAAGACUGGGUUAUGUACUGAAGCUGCCUACAAUGAACCUGGUGAAUUGAUGAUGAGAAUUUUAAAUCCACAAGAUAUUGAAAAAUCAUUCCAAGGUUAUUAUGGUAAUAAAUCAGCAACGAAUAGUAAAAUCCUUACUAAUGUGUUUAGUAAAGGCGAUGCUUGGUAUAGAAGUGGAGAUUUGUUGAAAAUGGACGAAGACAAAUUAUUAUAUUUUGUUGAUAGAUUGGGUGAUACAUUCCGUUGGAAAUCAGAAAACGUCUCGGCCACCGAAGUUGAAAACGAAUUGAUGGGAUCCAAAACCCUUAAACAAUCGGUUGUUGUUGGUGUGAAAGUUCCAAACCAUGAAGGUAGAGCCUGUUUUGCUGUUUGUGAGCCAAAAGAUGAGUUACAACAUGAAGAAAUUUUGAAACUGAUACAUGAACACGUAACCAAGUCAUUACCAACUUAUGCACAGCCUGCGUUUAUCAAACUAGGUACAAUCGAAGCAUCUCAUAAUCAUAAAGUGCCAAAGAAUCAAUUUAAAAAUCAAAAAUUGCCUAAAGGUGAAGAUGGUAAAGAAAUGAUUUACUGGUUGAAUGGUGAUAAAUAUACUGAGUUGACUGAAGAUGACUGGUCCCUGAUUUGUGCUGGUAGAGCUAAAUUGUAA